AUGUCUGGAAGGAAGGAAACUGUUCUGGACUUGGCAAAAUUCGUUGAUAAAGGAGUUCAAGUCAAGCUUACUGGCGGUAGACAAGUGACAGGUACUCUGAAAGGAUACGACCAGUUACUUAACCUUGUCCUCGAUGAAGCUGUCGAGUUUUUGAGAGAUGCAGAUGAUCCUCUGAAAACUACAGACCAAACAAGAAGUCUUGGCUUAAUUGUUUGCAGGGGAACUGCUGUGAUGCUUGUGUCCCCAACUGAUGGUACAGAUGAGAUUGCAAACCCCUUUAUUGAAGCAGAUGGGGCCUAG